AUGGUUAUGUGCGUUGUUUUUAGGCUUCCUUUCAAUGUAAAUACAUUUGAAUGCCAUACGAUAGCCACUGGCACAGUUUUAUCAACAGGAGAUUCAGAUAAAAGAUAUCAAGUUGAUAGUAUGCUGAGUUUCUCAGAAAACGGCUCACCAACAAUCAAUAUGCCAUUCAAAGCAGAAGGACAAGCAUGCAAUGUUAAAAUUACAUGUUUAGAUCCAGAUUAUUUUGCUUUAGGAAGACAAAGCCAUGAAAUCGAACGAUUUAUCACAAUUCAAGAGAGUAUAUUAUAUGAAGGACUCAAAGCCAAGCCAUCACGAGUUGCUUUCAUUCGUUUACUUCAAUCUGCGUAUAAAAGACUAAAUUACAACGCUGUAGUGGUCAUGAUCUAUGACCAAGAGGAGAUACGUAUACUAGCGAAAUUUAUUGACUCACCAAUUCUUGAAAAAGAGCUUCAAAGAGUAAUAAAUAAUUUUUCAUUGGAACAUUUCAUCGAUGGAGAGACAAUGAAGUGGACAAUCGACAAAUACAGAAUUGGUAUGCAUUGUAUUACCGUAGAAAACUCGAAAUAUCUGUUUUUCAUUUCAGCAGAUGGAUCAUCGAACAUUAUUCGUUCAAUUGAGCUGAAUUUCCACGCUGUACUGACAAUGCUGGUCACCCACAACCAUGCGCACCUGAUUUCACGUGGAUCAUACGAAGAUUUGGACGUUUUAAAGAAUGUUUGGGGAAAACAAAAUUUUGUCGUUUUUGAAUGCGUCAAUAAAAAGUUUGAUUGGCUUAUUGGCAAUUUAUAUGGCAAGCCUGUUGACGAGGACAUGAUAAAUUGCAUUUAUUCUCGUAUUAUUGAACCUUUAGACGAUGAAUUAAAUAAAGUCGUCUCAUUCAUGGUUCCGAUAUGGAGAAAACCUGGCGAACGCAACGUAUUGCUUGUAAAUGGCAUCAAUACGUUCGAUUCCAUCCGAAAUGUCAAAGUUUUGACCUGUACAUUGCGAGAUGUGACAAAUUACUACAAUACUUCCAACGAACAGACUCUUUCUUCAACUCUAGGAGCAAUUAUGAUUGGUUUCAACAGAGUUUUGCAUGAAGAUUUUAAUAUUGACUUUCCAGAAGUUUUCAAGAGGUUCUUUAACGAACAAGUACCGAAAUCUUUCUCACAACUUACAAAAAUCACUGAAACAAAAGUCCUGCAGCACUUUUCCGCUGAACAAAUCCCAUUAAUUAGGUUAAUUAGAUCAAAUUGUAACCAAAUGAACGCUGCAACAUGUCCAAUUGGAGAUGAAGGAGAUUUUGUCUUCUUCCCAGAGAUAUCUCUUAUGAAAACCAUUCCAAAAUUAACAUUAUCAAUUUUCUUCACUCCAAAACCAGAAAAUUCCAAUGAUACUAGAGUGACUUUCUUAGAUUUGCUUAGAGAUACCUAUUUAGACCUCAAAGUCCCAACAAGAACCUCUCCAUAUGCAAAUUGGGACGUUCCUAACGAAAUUGCCUUCUCUCCCAAAUGCAGGAAGCAUAUAGAGAUUAUUGCUGGCAGUUUCUACCGCAAACACUGCCCGAUUUUCCUAAAUAGCGUUAUUGAAUCCAUAAAAACCGGGAAAUCCAUUGCUUUAUGCAGUAUCCAUGAGAUAGAUACCAUCAGGCCAUACCUUGUCGACAUCCAGUACUCAAAUGGAAUCAUGUCCAUCGUUAUGAUUUCAUUAGAGUACGAAAACAUGCUUUCCAACCAGUCUUCCAUGGUCAAACAUGCUUUGGACGGUGUCAAUCCCACAGGACACAUCUUCGAAUGGACAUAUCUCACUGAAGAAACUGUUGACGGCAUCUACGCAACAACUCCUGGCGGAGUUGAGCCACAACAGUUUUCAAAGAAUUCCUUGAAGUUAGUUAUUGUUCCAGAGCAGAGAAUGAUGGUAGAAAAGCAACUUGACGAGGGUUUCAUCAACCUUCCUAUUAUUGUCAAGUUCGAUGAACCGAGAUGGUACAUUUCUAAAGGAAAAUUGGUUUCUAAAGGAGUCAUAAACGGUGUUUGUAUUUUAGUUCCGAUGAACGCAAUUCCAAACGAGUUGCAGCCAGGGAAGAAGGCACAAUCUGCGAGAUACUUGAAUGACGCGUUCAACAAACUCCAGAAAUCUAUUGAUUUCGACAAAAGUGAGUUCAAUGCGGCCCUUGAUAUUGUUACUGUUGUUGCUGUUUAA